AUGUAUAUACUUAAUGCUUUAGAAAUAUGUACCAAGCCAGUUUUCCUUAACAAACCUUUAACAAAUGUUCGAUUUUUAACUCAAGGGUUGCCCCUCUAUAAAAAAGUAAAGGGAAAUAAACACACUAAAAAUUCUGUACAAAGAGAGGAUGAUAUAACUGAAAUUGUUGAAGUAUCAAGUUAUGCUAAAAGAGCUGAAAAUCAGUUUGCAGAAACGUUGGAAGCAUGUAAGAAAGCAUUAAAUGAUGCUAAGCAAGGUAAUUCAAAUCCAAAAAUUUUUAAUAAAAUGAAAUUGCAAAAUGGGAAAAUAUUCACUGAUGUUGCAACAAUAUCUACCAAGGGGGCAAAUGCACUCUUAGUUACAGUAUUUGACCCUAAGGAUGUGAAUGUUAUUAUCUCGAGUAUUUUUUCAGCAGGAUUAAACUUAAACCCACAAAAAAUUCCAAAUAAUAACCAACAAUUGAAAAUUGCAUUACCUCCGAUCACAACAGAAUCACGUCAAAAGAAGUGUAAGGAACUCAAAGAAAUCUUUGAACUUUAUAAGAAUUCAUCAAAGAAAGAAAGUUUAACAGCAAUUAGAUUAAAUAUUUUAAAAGAAAUGAAAAAUAUUCAGCCAAGGACUGAUGAAGUUAAGAAAGCUUUACAAGAUGUUGAAAAAAUUCAUAAAGAAUAUGGCACCAAAUUGCAAGAUAUAUAUAAAACUAUUGAAAAAAAUAUGAUGGAGUGA